CCUCACUGGGCUCAGUCUUGGGCUGGCAGUCCUAGGCUUGACUAGCUGCUCUUCAGAAAAGGAACAUUCUCCUACGCACGCAGCAACCUGUUUCAACACACUGCUUUUGCAGUUUCCCAACCUACAAGCUGUCACUUGGAGAAGUAAAAAUGGCAUCAGCAGCACACUUCACAGAGGAAGAGAUGGCAGAGCUAAGAGAGGCUUUCAGCAAAGUUGAUAUUGGUGGGAAUGGCUUCAUCCACACUAAUGAUUUAACAGAUGUGUUGAAAGCAGCCAAUCUCCCUCUGCCAGGAUAUAAAGCCAGAGAACUUAUUCAGAAUUUGACAACCACAGGAGAUGGCAGGAUCAGUUUUGAUGAAUUUAUUUCAAUUUUCCAGAGCUUGAAGAGCGAUGAUGUUGCUAAAUCAUUCCGAAAACAAAUCAAUAAAAAGGAGGGGAUCUGUGCUAUUGGUGGGACUUCAGAGCAGUCCAGUGCUGGCACACAACACUCUUAUUCAGAGGAAGAAAAGUAUGCCUUUGUCAACUGGAUUAAUAAAGCCCUUGAGAAGGACCCUGACUGUAAACAUGUGGUCCCAAUGAAUCCAGAAACAGAUGAUCUCUUCCAGGCAGUUGGUGAUGGCAUCGUACUUUGUAAGAUGAUCAACUUUUCAGUGCCAGAUACCAUUGAUGAGAGAACAAUCAACAAAAAGAAACUCACCCCAUUCACAAUACAGGAAAAUCUGAACCUGGCCCUGAACUCUGCUUCAGCCAUUGGGUGCCAUGUUGUUAACAUUGGUGCUGAAGACUUGAAAGAAGGGAAACCUUACCUGGUUUUGGGUCUUUUAUGGCAAGUCAUCAAAAUUGGACUCUUUGCUGACAUAGAAAUUAGCAGGAAUGAAGAAUACAGUGAAAAAGGAACUUUGAUUGCUCUUCUGAGAGAAGGAGAGAGCCUGGAGGAUCUGAUGAAGUUGUCCCCAGAGGAACUGCUGCUGAGGUGGGCAAACUAUCAUCUGGAGAAUGCAGGAUGCAACAAGGUCAACAACUUCAGCUCAGACAUCAAGGACUCAAGAGCUUAUUACCAUUUGCUGAACCAAGUUGCCCCCAAGGGAGAUGAAGAAGGCAUUCCGGCUAUUACUAUUGACAUGUCAGGAUUAAGGGAGAAGGACGACGUCCAGAGAGCGGAGUGCAUGCUGCAGCAGGCGGAGAGGCUGGGCUGCCGGCAGUUUGUCACAGCCACAGAUGUAGUCCGCGGGAACCCGAAGCUGAACUUGGCCUUCGUCGCCAACUUAUUUAACAAAUACCCUGCCCUGCACAAACCAGAGAACCAGGACAUUGACUGGAGCUCUAUUGAAGGUGAAACAAGAGAAGAAAGAACGUUUAGAAACUGGAUGAACUCCCUGGGUGUUAAUCCACGUGUAAAUCACUUAUAUAGUGACCUGUCAGAUGCCUUGGUUAUCUUCCAGCUCUACGAAAAGAUCAAAGUGCCAGUAGACUGGAACAGAGUGAACAAACCACCAUAUCCUAAACUUGGUGGCAACAUGAAGAAGCUGGAAAACUGCAACUAUGCAGUGGAACUGGGAAAGAAUGAAGCCAAAUUCUCCCUUGUUGGAAUUGCUGGGCAAGAUUUGAACGAGGGAAACCGUACACUCACACUGGCCUUGAUCUGGCAGCUGAUGAGAAGGUACACACUGAAUAUCCUUGAAGACAUCGGUGGUGGAGAGAAGGUCAAUGAUGAAAUCAUUGUCAGCUGGGUAAAUGAGACACUGACUGCAGCUGGGAAGAAUUCAACCAUCUCCAGCUUCAAGGAUGGCAAAAUCAGCACCAGCAUGCCUGUCCUGGAUCUCAUUGAUGCCAUUCAACCAGGAUCAAUCAAAUAUGACCUCUUGAAAACAGAGGACCUGAAUGAUGAGGAGAAACUUAAUAAUGCUAAAUAUGCCAUCUCUAUGGCGAGAAAAAUUGGAGCAAGAGUCUAUGCCCUUCCAGAAGACCUGGUUGAAGUAAAACCCAAAAUGGUCAUGACUGUGUUUGCUUGCCUUAUGGGAAAAGGCAUGAAGAAAGUCUAAAGCACAAAAGACUUGUACCAGCGGCUGGAAUUCACCCUUCUGAUUCCCUCAAACUGGAUGCUCUUCUCUGUAUCAAGGAAAUAUGCAGGUUACUCAUGCUUUUUAGCAUGUUAUACAAGGUUCUAGGCCAUACAAAAGUUGACAUGUGUGUCCAGGAAAUGUUUUGUUUUGAACAGUAAUAUAUGCUUGAUUUCUUUGCCAUAUUUUCCCCUUUGCUAACCAUUUCGUAUACCUGAAUAAGUUUUCAACGAGACCUAUACAUAUCCUGUUAUUAAUGGACACCAAGGUUAUCUGUCAAAGGUUACCUGGAGAUCUUCAUCUUGGAAGGUACAGGCAGCUUUUAGGAUUAUGAAAUGUUAUAUACUGCUUCUGCCUGAAAGUGUGUUCAUGCUUCUGGUAGUAUUUCUGCCGUACUUUCCUUCAGUUUGCACCUGGGAUUACAAAAGGGGUUUCCCCAUGCCAAUGCAAGUAUUAGUGACUAUAUUUUUGGAAUGGUAGAAUCCUCUUAGGAAACUCUUGUGGAAAUAGAAAAGUGUUUGGGGCCUGCUUUGCGUUGCUGAUAUGUGACCUGGGCAGUACCUUUCCCUGCAAGUUGUGCCUCUGCUGUCACUGGCAUUACUCACAGAGUACAGUACUGCUCACUGAAAAAACAUAUUGUAACCUGGUCCUCCAAAGAACACCCUAACUCUAGAACCUUUGUAAGAAGUUGUCUCCAAAGGAUAAUGCAUUUUUAUGUUAUGAUACACUUAUGCAGACUGCAAAGCACGUUUGAAGUGAAAACCGUGUUAAAGAAACUAAGGGGAUAUGCUCAGCAGCAAUAAUAAAACAGAGGUAAGAAGUGAACCAAAGGGACACAAAGUUACAUACUUACGUGCUGAAUAAAAAUUGAACUCUUAACUUUGCAGACUUGCAUUCAAAGGGCCAUGGCCGUGAUUCAGCAAAGCAUUUAAACAUGUGCUUCGCGUAAUGAGACACAUACUUGAAUGUUUCACUGAACUUGGGCUGGGAUGCUGAAUUGAGAUGAACCAACAUAGCUUUACAAGUAAUAAGGCUCUGUCAGUUUACCUCAGUGGGGAAUCUAGCCCCAUUUGUGGAUAGUCAGUGGGACAUAUUUGCACUGAAUCUCUUUCUUUGGCAUGAGUCAUUUACUGUUUAUGUGGAAUCUGCUGUGGUGAAGUGCAGAAGGAGGACAUUUUGCCUUAAUGCAAUCCCGUUGCCACUGUGUCCAUGUCCCUGCUCCCUCCCUCCCCUCCAGCCCCUUCGGAAUUGCCUUAAUGAAGAACCAAUGUCCAAUGAUGUGAAAAGCUUAUCCAAAUAAAAUGUUCUAUGAAGCCAAA